CAUCCGGGGGCCUGGGCCGCUAAGAUGGCGGCGGCGGCGGCCACUGCGGCCCGCGCGGGGCCCGGGAUUCCGGAGCCGGCGACCGAGUAGCGCCCUCCUCGGCCCCCGCGCGUCCUGCUCGCGGGGCGCCUUGGGGCGCGGCGGCCGCAGCCCCCACCCGGGCCCUCGGUCCGCCCUCUCGGCGCGUCCAUGAACUCGGUGUCGCCGGCCGCCGCGCAGUACCGGAGCGGGAGCCCGGAGGACGCGCGCCGGCCCGAGUCCCGCAGGCCGCGGGGCCCCCGAGUCCCGGACCCCAACGGCCUUGGGCCCUCCGGAGCCAGCGGCCCCGCUCUUGGCUCGCCUGGCGCCGCCCCCGGUGAGCCUGACGAAGUGGACAGGUUCAAAGCCAAGUUCCUGACAGCCUGGAACAACGUCAAGUACGAUCGGGGAAUGGAAGCGCUGUUGCUGUCAAGCAAGUGCUUCAUCUCGCUGGGCACGUCUCCUCAGGUUGGGCAGUUAAAAGCCGGACGAGCUUUAGCAAGAUCUCCAGCAUCCACCUCUGUGGCCGCCGCUACCGAUUCGAGGGCGAGGGUGACAUCCAGCGUUUCCAGCGGGACUUUGUGUCCCGCCUGUGGUUCACAUACCGCAGGGACUUCCUGCCCCUCCCUGGGGGCUGCCUGACCUCAGACUGCGGCUGGGGAUGCAUGUUACGCAGCGGGCAGAUGAUGCUGGCGCAGGGCUUGCUGCUGCAUUUCCUGCCCCGAGACUGGACAUGGACCGAGGGCACAGGCCUGGGUCCCCCUGAUCUGUCGGGCUUGGCCUCUCCCAGCCGGUACCAUGGGCCUGCCCGUUGGAUGCCCCCACGCUGGGCCCAGGGCACCCCUGAACUGGAGCAGGAACGCCGGCACCGGCAGAUUGUGUCCUGGUUUGCGGACCACCCCCAGGCUCCCUUCGGCCUACACCGGCUAGUGGAGCUUGGGCAGAGCUCAGGCAAGAAGGCGGGUGACUGGUAUGGGCCAUCGCUGGUGGCGCACAUCCUCAGGAAAGCUGUGGAGAGCUGCUCCGAGGUCACACGCCUGGUGGUGUAUGUUUCUCAGGACUGCACAGUGUACAAGGCAGAUGUGGCACGCCUGGUGGCCAGGCCAGACCCCACAGCUGAGUGGAAGUCUGUGGUCAUCCUGGUGCCCGUGCGGCUGGGUGGCGAGACUCUCAACCCCGUGUACGUGCCCUGCGUGAAGGAGCUCCUGCGUUCAGAGCUGUGCCUGGGCAUCAUGGGUGGGAAACCGCGGCACUCACUGUACUUCAUUGGCUACCAAGAUGACUUCCUGCUCUACCUGGACCCCCACUACUGCCAGCCCACUGUGGACAUCAACCAGGCUGACUUCCCCCUGGAGUCCUUCCACUGCACCUCGCCCCGCAAGAUGGCCUUCACCAAGAUGGACCCGAGCUGUACCGUGGGCUUCUAUGCUGGAGGCCAGAAGGAGUUUGAGACGCUCUGCUCAGAGCUGACCAGGGUCCUCAGCUCCUCCUCGGCCACAGAGCGGUAUCCCAUGUUCACCCUGGCCGAAGGCCAUGCUCAGGACCACAGCCUGGAUGACCUCUGCUCCCAGCUCUCCCAGCCAACGCUGCGGCUCCCUCGCUCAGGGCGGCUCCUCAAGGCCAAACGCCCAAGCUCCGAAGACUUUGUGUUUUUAUAAAAGGAGGGGAUGGGGGGAAAGAUGCAUCACUAUUUAUUUUUUUAUUUAUGUCACGGUGGGUGUGGGCACUUGAACUCUGGCAGUGAUGGGAUUUCCUCUUCUCAGCCCCCAACAAGCCCAGCUGCAACCAGUCUAGGAGACCACCAGGCUGGGGCCAUUCAGCCAGGGACAGCGCCCGUGCCCCUGCCUCCCACCAGCCAGGCCCUCCUGGCAAGGCAGAGAGGGAGGGCAGACCCCCAGGCACCCACUCAGGGCCUGACUCAAGUACUGUAGUUUGCACUGGACCGCUCAGGCCCCUGGCUGGUCCCGAAGCCCCUGUCCUAGGGGAGCUGUGGCCACCGGGGGGCUAAUAAAGCUGUUUGACUUGAACGUG